AAUGAUGCUCUCGGCGGCGGCGGCGGCGGCGGCGGCGGCGGCUGCGGCAGAGAGUUGGAGCCCCGGUGAUGAACGGCAGUAAUUUUCCUGCCUUUUAAGUGGGAUUGAAAAUAGGGACUCUGGUGGGUCCGAGUUAAUGUGUCUAAUGGUGAAAUGAAGCUGGUUGUCUGGGAGAAAGCCUAGGAGGGACACUGCCUGGGCAGCAGCGGCCAGAGUUUGCAGAGGCGCUGGAGGAGCUCAGCAAAGAGGGUGUAAUUGUAGGAAUGCGGCUUAUUGUAUUGAAAUGAGCCCGGGGCUCCACUAGGCACGUCUGCCAGGCGUCGCCGACUUGCUGGUUUACACUUUUCCCCACGGAGGUAAUCGGGUGUAAUUGCCGACUCUCGCGCCCCGACACGCGUGGGGACGGCGUCCCUCUUCUCCGGGCCUUGACUGGUGUGGGAAAGGCUUGUGUUACUACUUUUCAAUGCGCUUUCGGAGAAGUUGCUCCGAGUGUUUUUAUUCUUGGUAAGGAGGAAAGUUCUCGAUGAAAAAGAGAGCUGAGAGGCAGAGCUCAGUCUGCGGAGACUGGCUUUCAAAGGCACUUUCUCGAACCUGUUGGAGGCUUCCGGCAGUCAGGAGGGAGCUCAUGAUCAUUGGUCCCUUGAUUUCCAAGAACGUUCUUGGAGGUGGCCUUUUGUUUAUGUGCCCGGGUUCUCCCGAGGGAAGAGCCGCGGGGAGUGUGGUCAUCAGUACUCUCGAGCUGCUUAUCCUUGGGCCUUGGAGUGCUGGGAGAGAGGUUACAGGGUUCGGUUCAGCCAUUCCUUCGCUAUUCCAAUUCCGGAGCUCCUUUCCCAACAAUCGGGAAAUGUUUCUCACAGAACCAAGUUAGAGAAAGAAAAGCUGCCCAACGCGCAUACUGAAUACAAUGAAUGAAAUUACUUUAUUGGAGUUGUUUUAACGCAGCAAGAUACGCAUUAACGUGAACGCCAAAGACUGCCCGGGCCACCACUCCCUCCACAGGCGCCCCCAGCCCCCCCCCCCCAAUCCUGGACCCAGCGCUGGCUCACAGAAAUUCUCCCCCGGGGUUUGUCUCAGCUCCCUCGGUCUUUCUGAGAAUCUCUGUCUUUCCCUUUCUGCCGGUCUCUUCUCCACCUCUCUUGCCCCCGCCCAACCUCCGCCCCCGCUCCCCAUUGGAAACUCCGCGGAGGAGCCCGGGUCACAAUGGUGUGUUUCACGGUUUCCUCCACACACUUCACCACGGGGAGAGGAACACGGGGGUGUUCCCUUCGUCUGCCCCGGAGAAAGAAAGGGGCUUUGACAGAGGUAGUUAUUUCUUCCUAAUUUACAACCCCGAGGCUCUGUACUCCCGGCCCCAGCGGCCACGAGCCUGAGCGACAGAACGUGUUUCCAGGCGCAGAGGCUUUACCUAGAGCCCACUGCGGGAGAGCGCAGCCCGACAAGCCCGGGCGCUGAGCCUGGACCCUCAACAGAGCGGGCCAGCACAGCGGCGGCGGCUGCUUCGCCUAUCCCGACGUCCCCGCCUCCUACACUCUCAGCCUCCGCUGGAGAGACCCCCAGCCCCACCAUUCAGCGCGCAAGAUACCCUCCAGAUAUGCCCUGCGUGCAAGCCCAAUAUAGCCCUUCGCCUCCGGGGUCCACUUAUGCCACGCAGACUUAUGGCUCGGAAUACACCACAGAAAUCAUGAACCCCGACUAUGCCAAGCUGACCAUGGACCUCGGUAGCACGGGGAUCAUGGCCACGGCCACGACGUCCCUGCCCAGCUUCAGUACCUUCAUGGAGGGCUACCCCAGCAGCUGCGAACUCAAGCCCUCCUGCCUGUACCAAAUGCCGCCUUCUGGGCCUCGGCCUUUGAUCAAGAUGGAAGAGGGUCGCGAGCAUGGCUACCACCACCACCACCACCAUCACCAUCAUCAUCACCACCACCACCAGCAGCAGCAGCCGUCCAUUCCUCCUCCCUCUGGCCCCGAGGACGAGGUACUGCCCAGCACCUCCAUGUACUUCAAGCAGUCUCCGCCGUCUACGCCGACCACUCCAGGCUUCCCCCCGCAGGCGGGGGCGCUGUGGGACGACGAGCUGCCCUCUGCGCCUGGCUGCAUCGCUCCGGGACCGCUGCUGGACCCGCAGAUGAAGGCAGUGCCCCCAAUGGCCGCUGCUGCGCGCUUCCCGAUCUUCUUCAAGCCCUCACCGCCACACCCUCCCGCGCCCAGCCCAGCCGGCGGCCACCACCUGGGCUAUGACCCCACGGCCGCAGCUGCGCUCAGUCUACCCCUGGGAGCCGCGGCCGCCGCGGGCAGCCAAGCUGCUGCGCUCGAGGGCCAUCCGUACGGGCUCCCGCUGGCCAAGAGGACGGCCACGUUGACCUUCCCUCCGCUGGGCCUCACAGCGUCCCCUACCGCGUCCAGCCUGCUGGGAGAGAGCCCCAGCCUACCAUCGCCACCCAAUAGGAGCUCAUCAUCCGGCGAGGGCACGUGUGCUGUGUGCGGGGACAAUGCUGCCUGCCAGCACUACGGAGUCCGCACCUGCGAGGGCUGCAAGGGCUUCUUCAAGAGAACGGUGCAGAAAAACGCAAAAUAUGUUUGCUUGGCAAAUAAAAACUGCCCGGUAGACAAGAGACGUCGAAAUCGAUGUCAGUACUGCAGGUUUCAGAAGUGUCUCAGUGUCGGGAUGGUGAAGGAAGUUGUGCGUACAGAUAGUCUGAAAGGGAGGAGAGGUCGUCUGCCUUCCAAACCAAAGAGCCCACUACAACAGGAGCCCUCGCAGCCCUCCCCACCAUCUCCUCCGAUCUGUAUGAUGAACGCCCUUGUCCGAGCUUUAACAGACGCAACGCCCAGAGACCUUGAUUACUCCAGAUACUGUCCCACCGACCAGGCCACUGCGGGCACAGACGCUGAGCACGUGCAGCAGUUCUACAACCUUCUGACGGCCUCCAUCGACGUGUCCAGAAGCUGGGCAGAAAAGAUCCCCGGAUUCACUGAUCUCCCCAAAGAAGAUCAGACGUUACUUAUAGAAUCAGCCUUUUUGGAGCUGUUCGUUCUUAGACUUUCUAUCAGGUCAAACACUGCUGAAGAUAAGUUUGUGUUCUGCAAUGGACUUGUCCUGCACCGACUUCAGUGCCUUCGCGGAUUUGGGGAGUGGCUCGACUCCAUUAAAGACUUUUCUUUAAAUUUGCAGAGCCUGAACCUUGAUAUCCAAGCCUUAGCCUGCCUGUCAGCACUGAGUAUGAUCACAGAGCGACAUGGGUUAAAAGAACCAAAGAGAGUGGAGGAGCUAUGCAACAAGAUCACAAGCAGCUUAAAGGACCACCAGAGGAAGGGACAGGCUCUGGAGCCCUCAGAGCCCAAGGUCCUGCGCGCACUGGUGGAACUGAGGAAGAUCUGCACCCAGGGCCUCCAGCGCAUCUUCUACCUGAAGCUGGAGGACUUGGUGUCCCCACCUUCUGUCAUCGACAAGCUCUUCCUUGAUACCCUGCCUUUCUGAGCAGGGGAAGCCUGAGCAGAGAGCUACUUGCUCUGCUGGCACUGGUCAUUAAGUGAGCAAAAGGAUGGGUUUGAACACCUGCCCCUCUAUCCUUCCUCCAGGGGAAAAAGCAGCUCCCAUAGAAAGCAAAGACUUUUUUUUUUUUCCUGGCACCUUUCCUUACAACCUAAAGCCAGAAACCUUGCAGAGUAUUGUGUUGGGGUUGUGUUUUAUAUUUAGGCUUUGGUGGGUGGGCUGGGAGGGGGUAAAAUAGUUCAUGAGGCUUUUCUAAGAAAUUGCUGACGAAGCACUUUUGGAUGAUGCUAUCCCAGCAGUGGGGUGGGGAGAAAGGAUAAUAUAACUGUUUUAAAAACUCUUUCCGGGGGAAUAUGACUAUGGUUGCUUUGUAUUUAAAAAUAAGAACAGCCAAGGGCUGUUUACCAGGGUAGGGCUGUGUCUUAAGACUGAUCCCUUUAGUAUGUACUUCCCGGAUCGAGGCACAUAAGUGGUGCAAAUGAGGCGGGGAAAUUCUUCAUUUCUUCAUUUCUUUCUUCUUCUUAAAAUAAAAUGGCAAAAAAAAAAAGAUGGAAGAUUAUCUACAAAUCAGACUUAGCAAAAUGAUAAUGGCUAUUCGCUUCCACAUACAAGUGCAAUUUUUUAGAGUGCUGUCUUACUAAGUCUUGUUUGUGAACUCUCCCUCAUUUUAUAUGAAAAUAAGAAGGAGGCAGUCAUGUUAUCAAACGGCGUGCUCAUUUUCCUAGCUCACCCUUGGUCCACCUGCCCUGUAGAACCCUUCGGAGGUAUGGCCCUUCUAAGACUUUCAGGCCACUCUUGAUGGAAUUCGACACCCCUCCCCCCAACCCAUGACUAUCCAGAUGUCCUGAAGGGGGAUCAGGUUAUAAAAUGGAUUGCAUAUGACUGUGUUCGCUGUGUGUUUGUCAACCUGGACAGAGUUCUCUAAACCUUCUUUAGUUGUAGCAAGUUCCUGAUUCCUCCAUUCAGAAGCCCAAGGAGCAUUGGGUGACUCGAUCAAGGGUUAACCCUAGGAGAACAUGCAAAUAAGUAGGAACUGGGUCAGACAGGGUAAGCACCAGAGAUGAUAAGGAUUUAUAUAUAAAUAUAUAUAAAAUUAAUUUUUGUUAUUGGUUAUAGACAAUUUUGGAAAGCAAGAGAAUCAUCUCUUUUUUUUUUUAAAGAGGAAAAGAUAGUAUUGAUGUAUUAGCAAAGAUUAGUGGGUUACGGUUCAACAUUCCGUGUUUGUGCCCCCUUUUCUAUGUUUCUACUGUUGAUGGCAUAUUAUUAUGAAAUGAUUCGUUGCAUAGUGUCCUUAUUUGUAUGAACAUUUGUAUGCACGUUCUAUUGUAAUCGCUUUGCCUGUAUUUAUUGCAAGACCACCAGCUCCUGGAGGCUGAGUUACAGAAUAAUCAAAUGGGGUGUUCGUGGUGACUUGGAUACACCGGUUAGAAAUUAAAUAAGCAUAUAUAUAUAUAAAAACAUAGCAGGUUACAUAUAUAUUUAUAAUGUGUCUUUUUAUUAACCAUUUGUACAAUAAAUGUCACUUCCCACGCAGUUAUUUUAUCCUUUGUUUGCAGUGACCUUUAAGGCAGCACUGUUUAGCACUUUGAUAUGAAAUUUUUGCUUAUGUUUUGCUAAAUUCAAAUAACGUUUGAAGAUUUUUAGGUCUAAAAGUCUUUAUAUUAUAUACUCUGUAUCAAGUCAAGAUACCUUUGGCCGUUUUGCUAAGACUCAAACUUUGAAUGUCAAACCAAUGUCACGGUAGCUUCUGUUAGCUUUUAAUCAUUUUUGCUUUAGUCUUUUUUUUUAAAAAAAGAAAAAGAAAAAAAACAAACUAUACUGUUUAUAUUGUCAUUAAAUUAUACAAUCAAACAAAUGCCAAAUGACUUGCCUAAUUGCUGCAAAGUAUAACCCGGAUAGCGAAUCAUGUCCUCUCCCUUUCUUCGCAACUCACUUGGAUAUUUGAUCUUGUAUUUUGUUUGUGUAAGAUUUUAUGAGAUAUAUUACCUUCCUAUCACAAUGACAGGACCUGAAAUGUUAAGAUUUCUGAACCUCAGACUUGGAAGGGUGCCUGCCUCACCAGAUCUGAUCAGAUCUCCUGAAAUUCCCAAAGGAGGAAACUGGGGGCCACUGCAGGGCAAACAGGUAGCAACAGAAUUAAGACUCAGACUUAAUUGGCCUUUCCUUAGUCUCUCCCACAUCUUACUUUCAAAAAAUAGACUUUUGAACAUAGUCACUCAUACUAACGUUCUUCCUGCAGACGGCCUUGAAUAAAGCAGUACUUUGGCAUUAAUUUAUCGAGCUUACAUGCAAACCUAAUAAACAUUAUUAAAUAUCAGGAAAGCUAACAUUUCACACGAGAUCGCUUCAGACCAAAUUCAAUUUGAAUUUGAAUAAAUUAGAAGUACUGUGCAUACAUAACCUUCUUGUGCACCUUGAGUAUUGGAAAGUUAAUCCUUGGUUUUUUGUUUUGUUUUGUUUUGUUUUUUUGUCCUGUCUGAAAGGCAAAGCAAAACAGCAGCACGGUGCUCUGGGAAAUGCUGUUCCCCUUCUGUCCUCACACCCACAGACUGAAGGGAAAAGACUGUCUGAGCAUCUAUCUGCUGGUUUGAAGAAUGAUGAGGCUGUUUUAGUUAAGGGCCAGACACUAGUGCUGAAAGGAAAGACUACAGCCAGUGUCCUUCUGUCUUCCAUAGUUAUCACAACUAUGAGAGCCUCUUAGGUCACAAUUUUUAAAUGUUGACACCCAAGUGUACACGGAGUAGACCGGCACACUAGCUCUGCAGAGGACAAGCAUUAAAGCAGGUGAUUCCUCCCCCUGAAGGGAGGGCUCUUUCAGUGUGAACCUGUCCUCAGUGGGGGUGGGCGGGAAACAGGAAUCCACUUGCUGUUCUUGGAGAGUGCCUUGCUUUUGUUUCAAAUGGCCAAGUCUCCCAAGUCCUUCUCCUCUAACGGCAUUGCUUUUAGUAAGUGUGUGUUAACCUGUGGUUUGAAAGAAAUGCUCUUGUACAUUAACAAUGUAAAUUUAAAUGAUUAAAUUAAAUUACAUUUUACCAAUGGC